AUUAUUGAAGCAAAUUGUUGAAUCGUUGUAGUUUUUUUUAUAUAUGUUUGUGUGUUGAAAAAAUUGUAAAUUUGUUAAUAUUAUUAUCGAUUUUUAUUGAGGUAUAUCAUUCGGGAAUCAACAACAAAAAAACCGUUUUGAUAUACUUUUUGUUCAACAAUAAUAAUACGAUGACUUCGACUGAAGAUAUGAUGGUUUGUUCUCGAUGCCAUGAAGGUUUCGAAGAAAGAGAAAAACUUGUUAAUGCUGGCGGUCAAGUUUGGCAUCAACAAUGUUUUGUUUGUGCCCAAUGUUUUCGUCCAUUUACCAAAGAUGCUAUAUUCUAUGAAUUUGAAGGUCGUAAAUAUUGUGAACAUGAUUUUCAUGUUUUAUUUGCACCUUGUUGUGUAAAAUGCAGUGAAUUUAUCAUUGGUCGAGUCAUUAAAGCAAUGAAUGCAAAUUGGUGUCCAAAUUGUUUUAAAUGUGAAUUGUGCCAAGAUAUUCUAACUGAUAAAGGUUUUUUUAAAAAUGCCGGCAGAGCCCUAUGUCAACCGUGCAAUGAAAAAGAAAAAGCUGCUGCAAUUGGAAAAUAUGUUUGUUUCAAAUGUAAAGCAAUUAUUGAUGAAGGUGCUCCACUUAAGUAUAAGAAUGAAGCCUAUCAUCCUUAUCAUUUUAAUUGCAAAAAUUGUGGAAUUGAAUUAACAUCAAGUGCAAGAGAAAUUAAAGGUGAACUAUAUUGUUUACGAUGCCAUGACAAAAUGGGAAUACCGAUUUGUGGUGCUUGUCGUCGUCCAAUUGAAGAACGUGUAGUUACUGCUUUAGGUAAACAAUGGCAUGUUGAACAUUUUGUUUGUGCUAAAUGUGAAAAACCAUUUUUCGGACAUAAACAUUAUGAAAAAAAGGGACUGGCUUAUUGUGAAACACAUUAUCAUCAAUUAUUUGGAAAUGUUUGUUUUGUUUGUAGUAAAGUAAUCAUUGGUGAUACAAUAACUGCACUGAAUAAAGCCUGGUGUCCGGAUCAUUUUGCCUGUGCUUAUUGUGAAACAAAAAUGAAUGAAAAAUCAAAAUUCUAUGAUGUUGAUUUGAAACCAUGUUGUAAAAAAUGUUAUGAUAAAUUUCCGGUUGAAUUUAAAAAACGACUUAAAAAGAAAUAUACACAGCAUAUGAUUUCGGCAAAAUCAAUAUUUUUCUAAUAUGUUUCAUACAGAAAAAAACAAAACGAAAAAUCAGCUCCGCACAAACACAACAAAACUGAAUUUGCUGUCUUCAAAGAUUUGAACAAAACAAACAUUUUACAUAGUAUUAUUGUUGAUUACUAUCAUUAUAUACAUUGCAUUUGACAAAACCAAAACCAAAAAAAAACUAAU